GAACAGUACAAACCAUUAUAUAAGAGACUUAUGAUUAUGAACGAUGGUCGAAGAAAUAAACCUUCUAUAGAGUUUUCACAGACGAAGGAACUGAUGACGGGCUCCUCGGAAGUUCGCUCCGACGAUGAGCCGCUGACGCCAAUUGGUCGGCUGCUCUUCCAGGAGGAGUUCGCCCACGUGGUCCACUGUGCCCUGGGAAUGAAACACCCUAUUGACGUAGAAGCCGUGAAGGCCUCGAUAAAGGACUCCAUCAUGGUGAAGCACCCGAGGUUUUGCAGCCUAUUGGUUCGUGACCGCCAUGGAGUCGAGCGCUGGAGGAGGACUGAGAUUGAUAUCAAUCGUCACUUUGUCAUAGUCAAUGAACGGGUUGCCGGUUCGGAAGAUGAUGAGGCCGCAGUCAACGAGUACCUUGCGGAUUUUGCGACUUCCUCGGGGCUGAUCCUCGAUAAGCCCUUGUGGGAAAUCCAUGUCCUCAGGGCCCACAAUUCUAUGAUCUUGAGGAUUCAUCAUUCACUGGGAGAUGGGACCUCGCUUCUGUCGAUGCUCUUGGCAUUGUGCCGGAAGGCAGACAAUCCAGGCCACCUCCCCACGAUCCCCUCGGCAAAACGGAGACGAUGUGAUGGUUCCUUUUGGUGCAGGGCUCUGAGGUUCCUGCAGAUGGUGUGGUUCACUAUUAUAUUCGCGUUUGGGCUUAUACUGAGGAGCACAUUUUGGAGGGAUCCGAAGAACCCGAUCAGUGGCGGAGACGGGGUCGAGCUAUGGCCAAAGAAGUUGGCCACCGCGAGAUUUUUGCUUGAGGACAUGAAGCUAGCAAAGAGAGCUGUGCCCAAUGCAACCAUCAAUGAUGUGCUUCUCAGCAUUUUAUCGAGGGGACUAUUUCGGUACUUGGAUGAGAAAUGGCCUAACUCAAUGCGCACCGGGGAUCAAAUGACUGGAGUAGUCAUUGCUAAUUUACGAGAUCGGCCUGGACUCAUAGAAUACGCCAGUAUGAUGACCAAGAACCAGGGAUUGAGGUGGGGAAACCGUUUUGGGUUAUACCUGGCUCCUCUCUAUUACCGCAAAUACAAGGAUCCUUUGGAUCAUUUAAGAAAGGCUAAGAAGAUGUUCGAUCGGAGGAAGAACUCCCUGGCGGCGCAAUUCUCAUACUGGAUUAUGGAUAUUCUGAUGGCAGGUUUCGGUGCAAUGGUCUCGUGCUUCUUCACUAAGCGGAUACUUUGCAACACCACGUUUAUGAUCUCCAAUAUGGUCGGGCCUCGAGAGGAAAUUGCUUAUUUGGGGAACCCCAUAACUUAUAUUAGGGUCACUUCGUCUAGCUUGCCCAACGCCCUCACUAUGCACAUGGUUAGCUACGCAGACCGCGCGGACCUCCAAAUUCUGGUUGCCAAGGACAUAAUUCCCGACCCUGAGUUCCUUGCCAAAUGCUUCGAAGAUGCUUUGCUGGAGAUGAAUGCAGUGGCUGCAGCAGCUGGGAGCGUACGUGAAAGGCCAAAAUAUCCAAAAACUGAAAAACCCGACCCUACCUGUCUCGAAAAACCGGGUGAAUUAGACCCCUAAAUGGUUUUUGGGGUCAUUUUCGAAGCCUUAAUUACCGACCUGCGGAAGGCCGGGCCCAACUUGAAACCCCCGAUGGAACCCAUGUCCCUGCCUGAUAUGUCAUAUUCUUAGUUUUAUAAGGUUUGAUUUUAUGCUGUUUCCUUUUGAUGUUUUUAAGCAUGAACAUGUCGUUUCAUUUUCAUGUUGACGGACUUUUUAUGCUCUGAGACUGGACAUCGACAUGGUUUAACUUGUAAGUCUCGUUUAUUAUAAUGAAUUUCCUUUUGUUA